AUGGCGGGGACUCAGCUGGGACUGGAGGUUGCCUUCUACCUCUAUCCCUGCGGCCUCUUUGUCACUCUACUGUCAUCUCAGUCUUACCAGUUCUACCGUGAUCGUCAUGGCGUCACGCGCCAGAACGCGACGGACGAUGAGCAGAAGAGAGCCUCGCGACUCUAUGCCCGGAUAAUCCGGUUCCUUCAGCUUGAUGUUUCUCUGCUGCUACUUGCCACUAUCAUCCUUGCCGUCCGCGGUGCAGUUGCCGGUCAAUACGACGGGGCUGGCAAGGUCGUGUUUCCCUACAGCGCAUUCCUCGCGUCCUACGUCGCAGUCCUACUGUAUUACCUGGCUGGUCUGCUGCCCGAUCCGGAGGGCCCGUGGACGCCAACCUCUGCUCAUUUCUAUGCAUGGAUCGUUGGUGCACUCUUUGAAGCCUUCAUUGCGGCAGUCUUCUCUUCCGAGAAGAACUCGUUCCGCGUGGCCAACGACUUGCUUGAUGUCCUCGAUAUCUUGAGUGCUGCCAGGAUCGUCAUCUUGGUGGCUAUGAUGGCAUGCCUCAUUCUUAGGGAUUACAAGUUGAAGCCAUCGCAAACCAAGUCAGACCCUGAGGAGAGACAGUCCCUGCUUGGCAACGGGAACGGUGCAUCCCAGAACUAUGGUGGCACCCACCCUCACAGUGCAUCUGCACACAAGCCUCCUGCUAGGACUCAGGUUCAAGGCACGGGAUGGCUGGACUACUUUGCUGGAUUCCGAGUCCUGUUCCCAUACCUUUGGCCCAAGGACUCCCCUGUCUAUCAGGGAAUUGUGGUUCUUUGCUUGGUGCUCCUGAUCUGCCAGCGAACUGUCAACGUCUUAGCUCCAGUCCAGCUUGGGACCCUUGUCGAUGCUCUCGGUUAUGGCCGCAUUCCUUACAAGGAGAUCAUCCUUUACGUUGUAUACCGCGCCCUUCAGGGUAACCAGGGAGCUCUUGGUGCCGCAAGAUCCGUUCUCUGGAUUCCAGUCUCUCAGUCACUGUUUCGCCGACUGUCAUGCGCCGCAUUUGAGCAUGUCCUGGGGCUCUCUCUGGAGUUCCAUCUCAACAAAAAGAUUGGUGAAGUCACCAGUGCGUUGAGCAGAGGAUCUGCGAUGAACACUUUCUUGGAGAACUUCUGCUUCCAGGUUUUCCCCAUGGUUUUUGACAUCUUCGUUGCCGGUGUCUUCUUCUUCGUGAAGUACGACGCUUUUUACACCAUCAUCGUCUUUUUUAUCAUGUGGUCAUACAUCUUCCUGACCAUCUAUGUUGCCAAGUACCGCGGCAAGCAAAGAAGAGAUAUGGCAACUAAGAACCGUGAGAUGGAAGCCAUCAAAACAGACGCUAUCAUGGCAUACGAGACCGUGCAACACAACUGCGCGGUCGCGCCUGAGACUGAAAGGUUCAAGGAGCACGUGGUUGUGUACCAAAGGGCCGAGCGACUGGUGCAGUGGUCUCUCAACUUCCUAAACCUUACCCAAAGCUCUAUCUUCUCCCUUGGGACCGCCUUGCUUGUCGCCGUUUCCGCCUACAAGAUUUCUCGGGGCGAGCAGACGGUUGGCGAGUUUGUCAGCUUGAUCAACUAUUUUGUGCAGCUGCAGGGUCCCCUGAAUUUCUUCGGAACCUACUACACCAUGCUGCAGAACAACUUGAUCGAAGCAGAGAGAAUGUUGGAUCUGUUCAAGGAAACAUCCGGAAUCGUGGAGAAGCCUGGUGCUGUCCCAUUGCGUGCGGUCAAGGGGGAGGUUGCAUUCAACAACGUCAAGUUCUCUUAUCAGAGCAAGAAGGGUGAGCCGGCGAUUGACGGCGUCAGCUUUACCGUUGCUCCUGGGACCAAGACUGCCAUUGUGGGAGAGUCUGGCAGCGGCAAGUCGACCUGCUUGAAGCUUCUAUUCCGCUUCUACGAUGUCAAUGAAGGCUCGAUCACUGUCGACGGACACGACAUCAAGGACCUGAAGCUAGACAGCCUUCGGAGAAACAUUGGAGUUGUGCCCCAAGAUACGGUCCUCUUCAACGCGACCAUCAUGUAUAACUUGCUCUACGCCGACCCUAAGGCCACCCAAGACGAUGUGUACGAGGCAUGCAAGGCUGCAAACAUCCAUGAACGUAUUCUGGCAUUCCCGGAUGGCUACGAGACUAAGGUUGGAGAGCGUGGGCUCAAGCUUUCCGGAGGUGAACGUCAACGGAUUGCCAUCGCAAGAGCAAUUCUUAAGGACGCCCGCAUUUUGCUUCUGGAUGAGGCUACUGCGUCCUUGGACUCUCAUACCGAAAGGCAGAUCCAGGACGCCCUCGAACGUGUGACAGAGGGGCGCACCACCAUCACCAUUGCCCAUCGUCUUUCUACCAUCACCACGUCCGAUCAGAUUGUGGUGCUCCACAAGGGUAAGGUGGCUGAGCGUGGCACGCAUGCUGAGCUGCUGUCACUUGGUGGACGGUAUCAUGCCAUGUGGGAAAAGCAGACCACGGCUGAGAAGAAAAUCAAAGAGAAGGUUGAGAAGGAGGGUGAUUCUUCAGAGACUGGAUCCCAGCAGUAA